AUGUCAUCGAGUUUGCAGUUCUCUACAAUCAUUCCUCAAAGCCAUGAUUUUCAGUAUGCCCCUGAGGUGCUUGAUGCAUUGUCAACGAAUAGGCCAGUAGUGGCACUUGAGUCUACCAUAAUUACACAUGGAAUGCCGUAUCCACAGAAUCUUGCAACUGCACUUGAAGUCGAGAAAAUAGUGCGCGAGCAUGGAAGCAUACCGGCGACGGUUGCUAUUAUAGAUGGAACCGUACAUAUCGGUUUAUCCCAAAACGCAUUAGAAAGGCUGUCAAUGAUGGGACGAAAUGCCAGAAAAACUUCACGGAGAGAUCUUGCUUUAGUGACUUCACAAAAUCUAACUGGCGCUACUACUGUGUCUGCAACCAUGGUUAUUGCGCAUCGUGCUGGUAUAAAAGUGUUUGUGACAGGAGGUAUCGGCGGCGUCCACCGAGAUGGCGAGAAAACACUUGACAUAAGUGCAGAUCUAACAGAAUUGAGCAAAACUCCUGUAGCCGUCGUAUGCGCUGGUGUCAAGUCCAUUCUAGAUAUUGAGAGGACUCUUGAAUAUUUGGAGACUCAAGGUGUGCCAGUUGUUACAUUCGGGGAGUGUGAUGAAUUCCCUGCCUUUUUUACUGCAAAGAGUGGAUUUAAAAGCCCAUCAAAUCUGAAAUCAGUUGAAGAGUGUGCCAAGUUAAUCGCCGCCAAUUCUAAACUCGAGCUUGAGAACGGGAUUGUCAUUGCUGUACCUAUUCCCAAGGAUGAAUCUGCUAAUGCAUCACAUAUUCAAAGCGCUAUCGGGGCUGCGCUUGUACAGGCAAAAGCUGAGGGAAUUAGAGGCAAAGAUGUGACUCCAUUUCUUUUAGAAAGAGUCGAGCAGAUUACUAUGGGCAAAUCUUUAACUGCGAAUGUGGCACUCGUAAAAAACAAUGCAAAAAUUGGUAGUCAGAUUGCUGCCUGUCUAGUAAAUUUGACGCGUUCAAAACGGUUUAAAGAUAUGAACAAGAAUGGACAAGGAGAUGAAACAUCGGUAUUUGUAGAGAAUGUGUUAAAGUCGGGUGGCGACAGCAACCACGCAAAUGAAGUUAAGUCCUCGAAAGUCUCCCCACAACCAUCGGUUUUAACAGUUGGAGGGGCAGCAGUAGACAUCACGGCUACCUCUUCAAACGUUUCCCUUGAGACCUCCUCGCCUGGAAGAAUCCGAACAAGUCUUGGCGGUGUUGGCCGCAAUAUUGCCGAGACUGUGCAUAGAUUGGGGGUAAAAAGCAUCUUAGUAUCUACAGUCGGAGAUGAUUUGUUGGGGCAAUGGUUUUUGGAUGAGACGCGAAAGAUUGGAAUGUGUAUGGAUGAACUGCAGGUUUCCAAGUCGCAUCGCACGGCAAUGUAUAGUGCGAUUCACAAGUCAAACGGAAGUUUGUAUUGUGCCAUUGCUGAUAUGGAAUUUGCAAUUGACGCUGAGAAGGUCAAAAAAGCAAUCGACAAAAGCAAACCGAGCAUCGUUUGCGUUGAUGGGAACUUGGAUCCAAAUUCUGCAAGUGCAAUACUUGGUUAUUGCUUUGACGCAGGUAUUCCGACCUUCUUUGAGCCCACGUCAGUUUCCAAAUCUCUCAGAUGGUUCGCGGACCAUGAUAUUGCAAAGAGAAUAAAAAGUCGUCUUGCUUACAUAUCACCAAAUAUCCACGAACUCGAGGCCAUGGACCUUGCCUUGACUUCUAUGUUUGGACGCUGGCUUGAUCAAGGAUUAGAUUUACUUACAAUCAAACAAAAGAUAGCGAGGGAACAUGAGAUAUUGAUGGCUCUAAAGGAUGACAAGAUUCUGUCACGUUCUGUCAGUCUAUUAUUGAUAGCAUCUACCGUCAUUGUUAAAUUGGGUGAACGCGGUGCACUGUUGGUUCAGCUAAUAGACAACAGCAGAGAUUUACAGGAACAACUUGUACCUAGUAAAUGGAAUGGCGUCAUACAGCUUGACGACAAAAGAACAGUACGCGUUAAAUACUUUCAACCAGCUUCAGUCGAGAAUUCUAGUAUUAUUAAUGUUACAGGAGCCGGAGACAGUUUUGUCGGUACCGUUUUAGCUGGUCUAGCUAUCUAUGGUGAAAAAGAGCUUGAUCGCAUUAUCGAUGUAGCUCAACGUGUAGCAGUAUUAUCUCUUCAGACACAUUCGUCAAUCAGCGAAAAACUGAACGCUGGUUUGUUGAAACUUGACUAG